UUAAAGGAGCCGCAUCACGAAGAGCACCUUGGGCGGUGUUGGAAGAAAACAAACAAGACAGUAAGCAGAAAGGAGGAGGCGCUUGGAUUAAGGCAGCUCCUGUCAAUGAAAAAAAAUCAGAUGCAGUCCCUACCCUGAGGCUUACAAACUAGAAGAACACGACACCCAAAAGAAGGAAGUGGAAGAUAAAGAUGCUUCCCUCUGGGCUGUGGAUGUAGGAUGUUAGAACAUCAAGAACAAGAGGAGCUAACCACCGUGCGUGUCCAAGAUCCUCGUGUACAGAACGAGGGCUCCUGGAACUCUUACGUCGACUACAAAAUAUUUCUUCAUACCAACAGCAAAGCCUUCACAGCCAAGACAUCCUGCGUGCGCAGACGGUACCGUGAGUUUGUGUGGCUGAAGAAACGGCUCCAAAAAAACGCUGGCUUAGUGCCUGUUCCAGAGCUGCCAGGGAAAUCCACUUUCUUUGCAGGCAGCACUGAUGAAUUCAUCGAGAAGCGCAGACAAGGACUUCAACAGUUCCUGGAGAAGGUCUUGCAGAACGUUGUACUCCUUUCGGACAGCCAGCUCCACCUCUUCCUCCAGAGCCAGCUCUCUGUGCCGGAGAUAGAAGCAUGUGUCCAGGGCCGGGGCCCUCUGAGUGUCACAGAUGCCAUUCUCCACUACGCCAUGUCUAACUGCGGCUGGGUGCAGGAGGAGGACAACCAUUCCGUUUGGCUGGCCAGAGGGGACUUCAGCAGCAGGGCCGGCCCUACGAUUAGACAGAGUGAGGAAGUCGCCUCAGGCGGCAGAUGCUGGGAGACAGCAGCAAGGUGUUGGAAGAGAGAGCUGUAUGCCACCCGGCCUGCCCUGCACCCCCGAAGUGAGCCUGCGGCCCUCAGUGCACCAAGCUUUGACGGACGGAGCCAUCUUGCCCAAUGCUCUGUGGAACCCCUCCCCCACUGGAGUGAUGUCAGCAUGGAAGACAGCCAACUGGAGAGUCCUGAUUCUGAGGGAGAUGAGCAGCCGCCAACAGGGCUGCUGCAGGGCAGCUCUGUGGCAUCCACUGACCUUGUCAAGGAACCAUGAGAGCAAGUAGGAUGUGCUUCAAGCUGUACAUUGACCUCUGGCCCUCUCCUGGAAAUGUACAUUGCCUGUCAAAACUCCAGAGCCUGACGCUUGUGCUGUCACUGAAUCCUGGAGAGGACAACCAAGCCUGGACCAGUGGGAUGCUUGUGAAGCUCAAGCUGAUGCUUAGAAAUACUGACGUAGCUCCAGAUGCUACAGGGCGCUCCUGUUCUUGUGGCUUGAUCCUCUCUUGUAGAAAAACAGAGCUGGCUUCCAGCAAGGGCUUGUCAGUUGAACGCUUCCUCCCACCUUUUGUAGAUUUUGGCAAGCCAUCUGAGGCAGGAAACCGCUGUGGUUUUGUUUUGGCUGCAUUCUCUCUCCCCCCCACCCCUGCAACCCCCUGCAUCCAUAGCUGGUAGUGCUUCUCGCAAAGGCCCAGCUGUCUUCUGUUAUCCUGUAGGCGUGUCAGAACUGCUUCGCCUGGGGUUGGACUUCCCUUUGUUACACUGAGCCAGAGAGCCCACCUGCUGGCCACGGAUGCCAGGCCCACAUCUGGGUUCCCCUGGCGGAGCUGUGUGCAGCUGGGAUGAGCGGCUAGGCACCCUCCCCAGCUCAUUAGCGCUUGAGCUGUGUGUGUUUUGUCUGUGGAAGUCAAACUAAGAAGGGCAUGUUAAAAAGAACGUAGAGUGGGAAAUGGAAUGUUGUUCUGUAGCCCUCUUACAUGCUUGAUGCGUGUUUGGGGGAAUUGAAUUUCCUGUUGUAUUUCAUUGCCUUGACAGCACACACACAACCAAACAGGUUGAUGAAACCCCAUCAUGCACUCCAGAAAUGAAAUACUGCUCUCGGCAUGCCCUCACCUUUGUAUCACGCCCCCCACCCCCACCAUUGUCACUCUAGAGGCGGCAGAGCAGAAAUCCUCUAGGCUCCAAUACAGUACCUUGCAAAGUCCUUCUCUGACUUGCCCACGCUUCUUCUGGGUUGGAGAAAACAGAACUGAAAACAACGUGCUCAACCUUUUUCUCGUCUUUGUGCCCCCAUCCCCAGUUUGAUGCGCUACACGAGAAGGACUUCCGAUGAUACCUGUUUCAUCUUUUCCCCCCUUCCCCAACACCCACACACUUUUUACUUGAAAGGGUAGCAAAUGUUUUGCCCCAUAAAUUGGAAGGAGAAACUCAAAUGUUAGGGGAAUUUCUACCGGAACCACAUAUUUACUUUGGAGGCUGUGAUUUUAAAAUGGCAGAAAAGCUCCUUUUCCUUCUCAAUUAAAAGCACUUGGUCUUU